AUGUAUCAUGCAUCCAUUGCCCUGGGUGCACUUGAUCUGAGCAGGAUGCCGGUGCUGACUCUACCUCCGGAAAGGAAAGAUGCGGCUGUGGGAGCAUUCACAGCCUACCACACCUCGAUCACCAAAUUGAAAGCCGAGAUUGUAAGCCACAACACCCCUCGAGAUGUCAAUCUAUGGACCACGUUCUUCUUGGGGCUGUUCGAACUCAUGCAUGAUAUGACUGGAGAAGGCUGGGUGAAGCAUUUUCUGUACGGUACAUCCGAAAUGCUUCAGCUUCGCGGUCCAGAAGCUCAUGUAGCUGGCUCUGGGCGGUCAUUUUUCCUCACAGUACGGGUCUUUGAGAUUUGCCGCGCACUCAUAUACUCAGAACCUACUUUUCUCUGCCAGCCGGAAUGGAUGUCGCUCAUGGCUAAGAUCUGGAAGGAGGAUGAUAACAACCACUGGCAUCCAAAGGAACCAUUAUUCGAUCUGAUGAUCACAUGCUCUUCGAUAAGUCACCGGCAAGUACACUCACAGGCCCACUAUAUCCUAUUACUGGCCCUCCUUGAGCUUGCUGCUGAAGGGUUCGUUGUCCGGUCGGCUCUUGCUGAUUGGUAUGCGAACUUUCAAAAAUGGUCGGCCGAUACUGGUACGCCCGAAUAUAACCACAAUUCCGUUCUUGCAACAAUCUAUUUUCACGGCAUCUCCAUCUACCUGUCCGGUAUCUACGACUACCGCACUCAAUUUAACAAAAUACCCACGCCCACAAUCUCACACGCUGUUGUUCAGAAUCACGUUGAUGAAAUUCUACGAAUGACUGAGAUCUCUUUGAAGACCGCAAAUUUGGCGGCUGUGUUGUUUUUUUUUCCCUUGAGAGUAGCAGGUGCAAGAGUAACAACCGCUCGAGAGACGGAGUCGAUUUGUGCGAUGCUUGGAGAGAUUUCGACGAGGGGUUUCGUUGUUGCAAAUGCAUUUACGGCGGAUCUGAAGUCUCUAUGGCGCCAAAAAGGGAUAUAA